AUGGUCAACUGGAAAUCGUCCGAGGAGAUUGCAAAGGAUGGAGAGUCGUUCGACAGGUUCAUGCACACCCUCCUCGGGCUCUAUAUCUGGGAAUUCGUCACGUCCCUUCCGUUCGACUGGCAGUACCUCAGCGGGCAGAGAAAGUUCAAGUGGCCUUUGGUCUUCUACUUCGCAGGUCGCUACUUCCUGCUUUUCGCCUUGAUUGGCAUAGCUAUCGCCUUGAAUGUUACGACGCCGGUCAAUUGUCAAGCGCUCUACACGUACAACCAGAUCUUCGGGAAUGCGUCUAUUGGACUUGCUAGCAUCAACCUUUCCCUUCGCACAAUGGCGGUUUGGUCGCAGGCAUGGCAAAUCGUCGUACUUCUCGUCGGAGUCAUACUGGGACAUUGGGCAUUGUUGCUGCACGGUGUUCUUUUGAAGGCCGCUUGGAUACCCGGAACAGGCUGUGCCAUUACCUAUACAAGCAACAAAAUUCUGGCCGCGACGUUCAUUUACACGAUGUGUUUCGAUUUCACUGUUCUCGCUCUGACGGGGUGGAAGCUGGGCGUGGGGAGCAGCUCACGUCGGGACCGGUCUAAGAUUGUGAAGCUUAUCUUCGAGGACGGGCUGAUCUACUUCAUGGUCGCUUUUGUAGCCAACGCGAUUGCAACUACUUUUAUGAUACUCAAUCUGAACGCGGUGAUGUCGAUCAUCGCGAACGUUCCCGCAGCAAUCGCGUCCAAUAUUGUCGCUUGUCGUGUUGUGCGGCGGUUGACUAACUAUACCUCUGAAGGUGCGGAAGUGUUUGGAACCACUCAAGCUUCGACACUCGCAUUCAGUGGUCCUGGUAGUCGCUACACAACUCGUGGCAUUGUCUCUUUUAGUGAAAAGAAGGAGAACCUCCAGCUCCAGAUGGACACAUUCCAGGCGGCUCCGGGAGAGAUCUCUCCCUCAGACCUUGAGUCUGUCCGGUACGAUGCGGCUGGUCGUCUCAUGAGGAUGGGGGACAACGACAGCACUACGGACGUGGAGGCGUCGCCCAUCGAAGAAUUCAAGCGGCCGAACUUGCAAUAACUGUACACCAUCGCCCACAUGCUUUCUUGCGUCUUCUUCCUUUACAAUCCAGGUUCAUGUUGUCGCUGCACCGCUCUCGCAGAUUCCUUUGCAU